CUGCCGGGAGUCGGCGACUCGGCUUCGCUGCGCUUCCCGGGGCUCCGCCUCCGCCUACCUGUGUCCGUGGCGGUCGCUAUCGAUAAAGUUGUUGUUCUGCCAACAUGGCGGCGCCCAUGGUGACUGAUUGGGUAGUGUUCUCCUAAGGGUCUUUCCAGUUUUCUGAAGAAUGGCUUCUGCUUGGCAGAGAUUGGGUUUCUAUGCCUCACUUCACAAAAGGCAGCUAAAUGGUGGGCCAGGUGUCAUCAGUUGGGGAGUGAGGGUGAUUCCAGGAUGGACCAGAGGUAUUUACAGUGCCACGGGACAGUGGACGAAAGAGUAUACGUUGCAGACAAGAAGAGAUGUUGAGAGAUGGUGGCAUCAACGAAUAAAAGAACAGGCCUCAAAAAUUUCAGAAGCUGAUAUGUCAAAGCCCAAGUUUUACGUGCUCUCCAUGUUCCCUUACCCUUCUGGCAAGCUGCACAUGGGCCACGUGCGUGUCUACACCAUCAGCGACACCAUUGCACGGUUCCAGAAGAUGAGAGGGAUGCAGGUCAUCAACCCCAUGGGAUGGGAUGCAUUUGGACUGCCUGCCGAAAACGCUGCGAUUGAGAGGAAUCUCCAUCCAGAAAGUUGGACGCGAAGUAAUAUUAAAUACAUGAGGAAACAGCUAGAUCGUCUGGGCCUGUGUUUCAGCUGGGAUAGGGAGAUAACGACGUGUUUACCGGAGUACUACAAAUGGACUCAGUACCUCUUCACUAAGCUCUACGAAGCUGGACUGGCCUAUCAAAAGGAGGCCUUGGUUAACUGGGACCCGGUGGAUCAAACAGUGCUUGCCAAUGAGCAGGUGGACGAACAUGGCUGUUCGUGGCGUUCUGGAGCAAAGGUGGAACAGAAGUACCUCAGACAGUGGUUCAUUAAGACAACUGCUUAUGCCAAGGCCAUGCAGGAUGCCUUGGCAGACCUUCCGGAAUGGUAUGGAAUAAAAGGCAUGCAAGCCCACUGGAUCGGGGACUGCGUGGGCUGCCACCUGGACUUCACAUUAAAGGUUGAUGGGCAGGUCACAGGAGAAAAGCUGGCUGCCUACACGACCACCCCCGAGGCGAUUUACGGCACCUCCCACGUGGCCGUCACUCCCAGCCACAGACUCUUCCACGGGCACAGCUCCCUGAGGGAAGCCCUGGAGAAGGCGCUAGUCCCUGGCAAGGAUUGCCUCACGCCUGUGACCGCUGUGAACAUGCUCACCCAGCAGGAGGUCCCUGUCGUUAUCUUGGCCAAAGCUGACUUUGAGGGCUCUCUGGAUUCAAAAAUAGGAAUUCCCAGCACCAGCUCAGAGGACACCACCUUAGCCCAAGCCCUGGGCCUGUCCUAUUCCGAGGUCAUCGAAACGUUGCCUGAUGGCACAGAGAGACUGAGCGGCUCCGCUGAGUUCACAGGUAUGACGCAGGAUGCAUUUCUAGCCCUGACUCAGAAAGCCCGGAGGAAGGGAGUGGGUGGAGACGUGACAAGUGACAAACUGAAGGACUGGCUGAUCUCGAGGCAGCGGUACUGGGGCACGCCCAUCCCCGUGGUGCACUGCGCGGCCUGCGGCCCCGUGCCUGUGCCUCUGGAAGACUUGCCCGUGACCUUGCCCAGCAUCACGUCUUUCUCCGGCAAGGGAGGCUCCCCACUGGCCACGGCCUCGGAGUGGGUGAACUGCCUCUGCCCCAGGUGCAAGGGAGCAGCCAAGAGAGAGACAGACACGAUGGAUACCUUUGUUGACUCUGCUUGGUACUACCUCAGAUACACCGACCCUCAGAACGCUCACAGCCCUUUUAACACAGCGUUGGCAGAUUACUGGAUGCCUGUGGAUUUGUACAUUGGAGGCAAAGAACAUGCGGUCAUGCACCUGUUCUAUGCGAGGUUCCUCAGUCAUUUUUGUCACGAUCAAAAAAUGGUCAAACACAGAGAGCCUUUUCACAAGCUGCUAGCCCAAGGCCUCAUCAAGGGGCAGACAUUCCGCCUACCAUCUGGUCAGUACCUACAGAGAGAGGAAAUAGAUCUCACAGGUUCGGCUCCUGUCCACGCAGAGACGAAAGAGAAGUUGGAGGUAACGUGGCAGAAGAUGAGCAAAUCCAAACACAACGGGGUGGACCCGGAGGAGGUGGUCGAUCGCUACGGCGUCGACACGGUCCGGCUCUACCUGCUUUUCGCCGCCCCUCCUGAGAAGGACAUCCUGUGGGAUGUGAAGACUGACGCCCUGCCCGGUGUGCUGAGAUGGCAGCAGCGUCUGUGGUCCUUGACAACCCGAUUUAUUGAGGCCAGGGCUUCUGGGAAGGUUCCCAGGCCUCAGCUGCUGAGUAACGAAGAGAAAGCCGAGGCCAGGAAGCUCUGGGAGUACAAGAACACGGUCAUCUCUCAGGUGACCACCCAUUUCACAGAGGACUUCUCACUAAAUUCUGCGAUUUCUCAUCUGAUGGGACUCAGCAGUGCCCUCUUGCAAGCUUCUGAGAGAGUUGUGCUCCACAGCCCCCAGUUUGAGGACGCUCUGUGUGCCCUGAUGGUGAUGGCUGCCCCGAUGGCCCCUCACAUAACCUCCGAGCUCUGGGCAGGCUUGGCGCUGGUGCCGAAGAAGCUGUGUGCCCACUACGCGUGGGACACCGGCGUGCUGCUCCAGUCGUGGCCAGCCGUGGACCCCCAGUUCCUGCAGCAGCCUGACGUCGUGGAGAUGGCCGUUCUGAUCAACAACAAAGCCUGCGGCAAAAUCCCUGUGCCCCAACAAGUCGCCCAGGACCAGGACAAAGUUCACGAACUCGUUCUCCAAAGUGAGCUGGGUGUCAGGCUCUUGCAGGGGCGAAGCAUCCAGAAGGCCUUCCUCUCCCCGAGAACUGCCCUCAUCAACUUCCUGGUGCAGGAGUGACUGCCGAGGGGCUGCGGCUUCCAUGAGGGCCUCUAAAGAACCUCCUUCCAGGCCAGGAAUGGAGAAGAAGUUGCUGAUGUAUUCUGAUGGGUUGGCAUCCAUAGUGUGCCUUUGUGGUGUGACCUGGGCAGGGGUGAGGGUGGGUGUGGGUAGAAGAGAAACAUGAGCACAGCGGGAGGGGGAAGGCAGCCUGCCUCCCGCCCAUUGCGGGGUGAAGGAAGCCAUCUGAUCCCUUAUGAUCCCACCAGAUAUUGCUGCGUGGGAGCAGGAAGGAGAAAAGAAAAGCAAGUGAAAAAGAGCACCUUGCCUCUCGAACAGCCUGGGUGCUUUUGGAUCCCCGAAAUUGCACUGCUUUAGGCCCACCCCAGGAACGUGAGGGUAAACGGAGAAGUACACGAGGCUCGGGAGCAGCAUGGACAAUCACUGUUGAACGGGUGACCGAGCCUGGGCAUCGUGGUGGACGGUCCCCUUGCUUUCGGGCUAGAUGGAGAAGCCACUUGGGUCAUGUCCGGAUACCCAGUGUGUGCAAUGGACACCAGAGUUUUCAGAAGUUGCUCUGAACUGAAAGGCAGCGGUGCUAGUCCCUCUGCCAGCGUCCCCCCUGCUCAGCCGUGCUUUGCGGGUCGCGUCCUCCCCAGCCAGCUGGGUGCGCCUGCUCUGGGCGAAGCACCACUUCCUAACCACUCCCUCAGGGCAUAACAUUUGCUGUGCAGUGAGGCGGAACCGAGCUGCUUCCACUGGCACAUGGAACCAAUCUCAGAGCCCACCGCAGCCCCACAGGGAGUCUGCUCGUGUAGGCCCCAGAUGGUGAUGCCGCCAUUGAAGCGGCCCCCAGGGCCAGCUGUUACGAAGAGCAAGAUCACCGCAGAGGCGUGGGAUGGAUGCCACCCGGGCGUCGCCUCCUGUGCUCAAGCCAUAGCAGCCUGGCUGUGAGGGAGGUGGCCAGGAGUGGACCUGUGUCGUGGGCGCGUCAGGGUAAGCCUGGUCUCAUGUGAAGUCGGCAGUUAGAUGCUCUUACCAGAACCGGCCUGAGCCACUGAUUAAUGUUUCAUGGGGGACGUGGGGGAGAAUCGAGCCAUUUUGUGAUGCUGAAAAUCUAUAUUUGUUCUCUGAUGUCCUUUUUCUGAAGUAGCCUCAGCUGUAUUCCCUUUGCAGUUCACUAGUUAACAGAUGACUCGUCUUAAUAUAAUAAAAUGUUUGUCAUGUUUGACUUUGGGACAUCUGUGUGAUCUUGGAAUCUCCACCAUAUUCCCAUUCUGGGAGUUAAAUCAGGAACAGAUUGAGGUCUUCCAUCACCAUCAGAAGCAUUGGCUGUGGGCCUACGUCCACAUGGAGUGUUAUAAAGUGAGACGCAUGGGGGACAGUCAGGCACAUUAGCAGCAGCAAUUAAGUCACUGGUUCUCAGACUUGGCUCAGACUUAAUACUGUGCUCAGUCCCCAUGCCCACAAAUCCUGAUCUAACUGAACUGAGACGCACGUGGGCAUCAGGGACUCCUAAAUGCUCCAGA